UCGGGCAGGGAGGUAUCAGCUCCAGGAAAUGUGCCUUGGCAGCAGUCGGACGGGCGCUUCCCCGCAGGUUGGUGCGCUCCUCUCCGGAGCCGUCCAGGGAGCCGCGGCUCGCUCCGCACCCCGGGCAGCGCCGGCGGCGGGGAGGCGGGGGGGUGCGCUACAGCCGGGGAGGCAGGAGCCGCCGCAAGACCCCCCAGGAGCGGUGGCUGCCGACGCCUCUCCCGCCGGCUCCUCGCAGGAAGGCACCGCCCGGGCCGCUUCAGGCGGGCGGCGCGGCUCCUCGCCCGGCCCGGCUCCCCACCAUGCUGGACGGGCUGAAGAUGGAGGAGAGUUUACAGAGCGCCCUGGACCCCGCGACCCCCUUCUCCUCCUUGCUGGGCAGAGCCGCGACCCCCAAGUCGGUGUGCGAAGGGUGUCAGCGAGUGAUUUUGGACCGGUUCUUGCUGCGCCUGAACGACAGCCUGUGGCAUGAGCAGUGCGUCCAGUGCGCGUCCUGCAAGGAGCCCCUGCAGACCACCUGCUUCUACCGCGACAAGAAGCUCUACUGCAAGCUGGACUAUGAGAAGCUGUUCGCGGUGAAGUGCGCGGGCUGCCUGGAGGCCAUCGCGCCCAGCGAGCUGGUGAUGCGCGCCCAGAAGAGCGUCUACCACCUGCACUGCUUCUGCUGCUGCGUCUGCGAGCGGCGCCUGCAGAAGGGCGACGAGUUCGUGCUGAAGGAGGGGCAGCUCCUCUGUAAGGGCGACUACGAGAAGGAGCGGGAGCUGCUGAGCUUGGUGAGCCCGGCUCUGUCGGAUUCUGGCAAAAGUGAUGAUGAGGACAGCAUCUGCAAGCUGGGCCAGGCCUCGGGGAAGGGCGCUGAGGACGGGAAGGAUCACAAACGGCCCAAGAGGCCACGGACCAUCCUGACCACGCAGCAGCGGAGGGCGUUCAAGGCGUCGUUUGAGGUCUCCUCCAAGCCCUGCAGGAAGGUGCGGGAGACGCUGGCGGCAGAGACGGGGCUGAGUGUCCGUGUGGUGCAGGUCUGGUUCCAGAACCAGCGAGCAAAGAUGAAGAAGCUCGCCAGGAGGCAGCAGCAGCAGCAGCAGGACCAGCAGAACACACAGCGCCUGAGCUCAGCCCAGUCGAACGGCGGCGGUGGCGGCACGGGGCUGGAGGGGAUGCUGAACCCCUACACCGCCCUGCCCCCGCCGCAGCAGCUGCUGGGCAUGGAGCAGGGAGUCUACGGCUCCGACCCUUUCCGGCAGGGGCUCACCCCGCCCCAGAUGCCUGGAGACCACAUGCACCCCUACGGUGCCGAGCCCCUCUUCCACGACCUGGACAGCGACGAUACCUCACUGAGCAACCUGGGGGACUGCUUCCUCGGCACAGCAGAUGCAGGGCCACUCCAGGCACGAGUGGGAAACCCCAUCGACCACCUGUACUCCAUGCAGAACUCCUACUUCACCUCCUGAGCCCAGCGUGGUCCCCCCAGGAGGGGCCGCAGAGCUCCCAGGGUUGGGAGGGAAGGGAGC